AUGAGUUGGAAAGAUCCUUUGUGUAUUUUUAGUAUUUUAUCAUUAAUAGCAUUAAACGCUAUAUACUGGGUAGGUGUCAUUAUUGAUUGGACGCAAAUGAAAGCUCAACCGGAUUUGGUCAUCUUAAUAUUUCAAGCUAUCUUUUGGAUGUUGUGUGGAAUAUGUUCCUUCAUUUAUACUUUUACUCCAAUUUUAACAAUUCAUUUUAAUCAUGUCGGUUUAAAAGUAAGAUUUGAUUCUGAAAUUCCUGAUGAUAUAAACUGUCAAAAAGAACAAAAUGUUAUUCCUUUUGUUCAACAAUCAAAUGAAAACUCUAAAGAAAAUUAUUCUAUUAAUUCUCGAAAUGCUACUGUGGGUUCUUGGUACAUGAUUACUGUAGGGUUCUUAACUUUAGGUUACGGCAUAUUUUAUGUUAUCAUCUUUAUUACUCCUUCAUUUGUACCUUAUCAUCCUAUUACUAAUUCUGUGGACUUUUUAUUAAGAGCUAUUUAUUUGGUAAUUUAUGGAAUACCUCCAACUAAAAUCGUUUUAAAAUGGGUGACUAGAAAUGUAUUAGGAAUUAAAGAUUUAGGUUCAAUUAAAAUGACUGAAAUGCAUUCUAGUGAUAAUGUUGCUUAA